AUGACGUGCUGCUCUCAUACGGAAAGUACUGGCCAGAUCGACACGGUCAAUGUAAAGAGUCUAGUCCUGCACCUGCCUGCAUCUCUGGGCAGCACCUGUUGGUUCACUCUUCACCCAUUGGUGCCAUUGCCACACCCUCGUCAUGAUGAGGUGGUGAACCAUCGAGAAGGGCGCAAGACAAUGCGCGGGAAGGUGCCCCACCAGCAGCUGGCCACCAAGGCAGCUUGUAAGAGAGCGCCAGCCAAGAACAGCAUGAAGCUGCACCACUACCGGCCCAACACCAUGGCUCUGCAUGAAAUCUGCCACUACCAGAAGUCCACCGAGCUGCCUAUCCGCAAGCUGCCAUUCCAGCAGGUGGUGUGUAAGAUUGCGCAGGACUUCAAGACAGACCUGCACUCCCAGACCUUGGCCGUCAUGGUGCUGCAGGAGGGGUGCAAGACAUACCUGGUGGGGCUCUUCAAGGAUACCAACUUUUGCACCAUCCGUGCCAAGCACGUCACCAUUAUGCCCAAGGACAUCUAG